UUUUAGUUUUUCGAAACACGCGAGAUUUGAAGUUAGUGUGAAGAUGGUGGUUCCAGGGAGUGGAGCCUUUGUCCAGUCCGUGGACAACGAUGGCACGGGGACCGCGUUGGACAGCCCUGGUGCAGCUUGUCAGGUGGAACCGGAUGCAAACGAGACAGAACUUGAAGAGGUCCACAAGCUUCAGGAACUGGUGCGGAGGCUUGAGGUCCAGAACCAGGGGAGCCAGGCUUUGUUUGAGGAGGCUAACAGCAACAUUGCUACAGCUGUCAACAUCAGCAAAACGGCCCUCUCCAAAGGGGUGACAAAUACAACAGUAAGACCAGACCGCAACGUGAACCUUAUCGGCAGUGACCCGAAACCUUCUCCUGAAAGCAGCAGCAGCAGUGAGGAUGGGUCUCAUUUCCAGGAGAUCGUGGAGAAUGAGCAGGAGACAGGGACAAACGAGGAGUUUUGGUUGGCCAGGCAUCGUGGUCACUAUCUGAACUUCAUGUGCGGUAAGGACUCGGAGCACUUCUGUAGCUCAAACCAGAGAAGCCUUCCUCCGAACAGCCCAGGGUCAGAAACGCACAGCGGAGAGGUGGACCAGUCAGCCUUGGAUGCCGUGGAGGUCCUGGACCUGGAACAGUGUGAUCAGAUGGAGGGUGAGGACAGCUGGCUGUACGUGUCUCCAAAGAAACGAGUGGCAGCUGAUGAAGGUCCAGAGUCUCCUCUGAAAUGGUGUCGCCAAGUGCUGGAUCAUCCCAGCCCGGAAACCGAGGCUGCCUGUCGCACGCUCCUCAACCGCCUAGACCAGGCCAACCGAUGGAGAAAUACCUAUGGCAUGUCCUCUCAAAGCUUCCAUGGAGUUACCCCAGAGCCAAGCUCAUCAACCGCAGUGUCGCUCUCUCCUAGUUACCAGAAACCAACCAGCAAAACAGUACUAACCAGUAGCAGCCCAGGUUACUUGGGUGUACGCUCUGCCCUGAGUUCACAGUCCUCCAUAGACAGUGAGCUGAGCACCUCAGAUGACUCAAUCUCUUUGGGGUACAAGCUGCAGGACCUUACCGAUGUGCAAAUAAUGGCACGACUUCAGGAGGAGAGCCUUCGGCAGGACUAUGCCUCCAGUUCUGCAUCCGCGUCGCGCCGCAGCUCCACUGCCUCCCUGCAGUCCCUACGCCGUGGAACCUACAGCGACCAGGAGUUUGAUGCCUGCGGCCUGGAAGCGGAGGAUGAGGACAAAGACUGCCACUCGCUGCCUCGCCGUCUAUAUGGCUACUCAUCGUCCAAGGGUGAUUCGCCACAUCGCCAGUCCCCCAGCUCCUUGGCAGACUACCGCCGGUUUGGUGGUCGUAUGUCCCGCAUCGCCCGUCGCUCUGUGCAAGGACCAAGUCCGGAGCUGCUGAAGUUUGCGAAGAGGGAAGAGAAACUGAGACGCAGCAUGCCCGACCUGGCCCCCCGCACCAGCCUACGCACCCUGGAGGCUCUGAGAAGCAGUCGCAGCAUGGAGACCAACAUGCAAGGUCCUUCCAGCCUUAUGUCCAACUUGCCCUGCUCCACUAUAGGCAGCCAGUCGCUCCUCUCGCUUCAUGCCCCUGUGAUGAGGUCCAUGUCAGGCGUGCUUCAGCCUCAUAGGAGACCCUCCACUUCAACUGGGGCCUCCUCUGUUAACAUGCAGAGGGUCCAGCCUCUGGGCCAUUCUCGCAGCAGGGCUUUCUCUACAGACAGGGCUACGGCAGCAGAGGGCAAAUCAACUCUGGAGCAUCUUCACUCCUCCCAGGUGGGGGCAGGAUCAUUUCACCGUGCCAGACGGGUCCAGCCAGUCAGGAGGUCACUGGGGUUAACAAAACCAUGCAGCCCUUUUGCUGAUGAGUCAUGGAAGGAAGGAUGUUACUGAAGCUCCGUAUUCCUUGACCCCUGAAUCCCCAAUACUCAGCAUAUCACCACCAACAAACAGCCUUGUGACAGUAUCUGCCCAGCAAACUGGGAUGCUGACUGCACUGCAACCGGCCAAGGACAGCCUGCACUUUGACAGAACCUAAAUUGCACGAACACUGCCCAGGGCUCAGGAAGAUGCUGCACACCAUGUAUCAUAAUAAGGCAGACACUUCACAGAUGGACCUCUGUCUUUAUUUUAAUUGUGAUGGUAGGUGUGUUUAUAUGUAUUCUGUCAAGACACUGGAUUAGUGUGGACAGUAAUUUUAAAGAUAAACAUUACUUUGUUUCCUCCGUAAUGGGUAUCGUGUCAUCACUAGUUUGGUUAUUGUGCUUUCCCUUCAUUUGCAUACUGUAUGCAACUCAAAAAUAACCCUCCUCAUCUUUCAAGAGCAAAGUUUAGCUGCAGCACCAUGUAGGAAAUUGGGAACAAUAACACAAUAUUAGUUUUGGUCUUUUGUCGUGGAUGCCUGACUUGAUCAUGGAUUAAGAUAUUAAGCAAUAAGCGUACUUAAAGAACUAUGCACUAAAGUUUUGUACUCGGAUGUGCUAUC